CGGCUCGGUGGUGUCGCCAUGGCCUGUCGGCCACGGCCAUGUACGUGAUCUUCCCAGUGGAGGUCCUACUUGACGUGCCCGCCCAACCACCGUCGGCGCCCGCCGCGCUCCGCUCGCAAUCCGUGCCGCCCGUGCCGCUCGCGCAGUCCGAGCAGUGUGAGCCACCCGUGCAGUCCGUGACGACUGACCAGUCCGUGCCGCCGGAGCGAGUGUCAUCAGAGAGAGCUCCUGCCACUGCUAGUGACCCGCCGCCACCGCCGCCUCCACCUCGCACUCGGGAGCCAGCAGCCAUGGCUGGAGAGAGCGGGGCACUGAGGGACAUCUCACCAGCGGCCGCCGACCUGCUCAGAACCUACAGCGGUGUUAGCUUCAAACUGGUGAAGGCAG